AUGUCGGCUCUUCGCGCUUAUCAACCUCUUCUCCGCCGCGCAGCUCAGCGCACAGCGAAUACCACCACCCGCCGCUUCCUCAACACGGAAUCCGCACCGAUACUCUACUCGGCGCGCGCAAAAGCAGUUGGCGCUCGAAAGGGCCGCAUCGAAGGCGAGAACCUCAAUGUCGAGCUCACCAUGGCCAAGGUCCUCGGCGGUCCUGGCGACAAGGGCAAGACGAACCCAGAAGAGCUCUUCGCCGCUGGUUACGGAGCUUGCUUCCAGUCUGCCAUGAACGCUUGCGCAGCGCAGAUGGGUAUCAAGAUGCCUUCCAACGUCGAAGACAGCGUGGUCGACACGACGGUGCAUCUUGUGGGUGAUAUGAAGUCACUUGACAUGGGUCUGCGUGUUGACAUGAAGAUCAAGGUCAAGGGUCUGGAAAAGGAAGAAUUGGAAAAGGUGGUUAAGAAGGCGGAAGAGGUUUGCCCGUAUUCUAGGGCUACGAGGGGCAAUGUCGUGACAAACUUUGAGUACGUCCAGGGUUAA